ACCUACCAUAGGUUGGAGUGGGCGGUCCCUAUCAUACAGCUUUUUCAUCUGCAAAUGGUACUUUCUUCAACAAUCUUACGUACCCACUAUGGUGACAUAGGAAUCCCUGGAUCAUUAGCAUACUAUGCAGCAAAGCUAAGGCGAAAGCGUGUCGCUCUUGAUCGGUUUGAUUUUCAUGCAGUAAAUGAGCUUCUCCUUCACACAUUCGGUGCAAUGGCAAUUCGCGUAUGGGAGCUUGUCCAGGAAUGUGAAGACUUAGAUGAGGGCUCUAUGUUUCUUCUUGUAGAUGUGCUGCGAGAGCUAAGUGAGUAGGGUGUGAACAAGAUUCUGGACAGGUUCUUAGAUAUGGCCAACCGACCCCAGCUCAACGGAAUUGUGUCUGAUAAAACUGCUCUAUUUAUAAGAGAUAUGUUAAUCUACAUAGAGUUUUCAUCUGCCAUCAAGGCCGAGGACAUUGGACGCAUUAAGGAGUCUCUGGUGUUGAUUACUGCCAUUUGCCAAGCUGGAGGAACAAAGAAUUAUGCAUACGAGCUCCUGCAUCUUCAUUGUGGCUUCACAUACUCCUGGACCGAACAGACAAGCCAUGCUGUCAUGUCUUCUUGGCCAGUGAACACUACAGGUCAGGAAAAUCGCUGGAUACCUACAGAUCUUUUCCAAGAGCACAAUAAUCUGCUUAUCAAAAAGAUACGAAAGGCAAAGAGAUCAACCUGGACCAAGAAACAUGGAUCAAUGACUACUAGCAUCCAUUCGCUCGGGCGAAUGGAAGACCAGAUGGAGACUUCGUUUGGCGUCCCCUACUCAGGCACCAAACACGCUACGAAGAAAGCGGACCAUGAUAUCAGCGAAAUACUCGUAUCCCUCAGAGCCAACGAUAUCCUUGGCCCCUAUGAUAAAGAUCAGCCUCUGGAAUACCAUUCGCAAAUUGCCAGUACACGUCCCGUAACAAACCUCGUCAGUGAAGGCUAUAGGAAGAUGUAAGGAACAAAACGUCUUCAAUCGUUUAUUGACGCGCGAAUCCGUUCACAUGGGGGCUCGCACGGAAAUGUAGAGAUAGCUGAGGCGAUGGAGAUUGACGAGGACGAUGUUGGGGAUGGGAUAUGGAGGAGUAUUUGAUUAUGCGUGUAACUCUUUUAUUUUAUAAUUACAAGAAUGUCCAUCAAGCAACAAGCUUUUUUACAUUUUCUUUUCGCAACCCAAUAAAAAAUUCU